GGGUCGGGUCAGUUAUCGGUUCAACCGAAGGAAUGCCUUUUUAGGGUAGAUUUGAGGCCACAACCGAGCCGCAGAGGGCAGAAAGAAAGAGAUUUGAGGGCCCAAUUAUCCGGGAGUGUUUUCGGAAUCUGUGUUGUGCGGAGACUUGGUGUCUCGAUUCCUUUCAAUUUGCCGCAAUCUUUCAGAAUCUAAUGGAAUCGGGUAAAGAAGGAUCCCUUCAUAUGAGUUCAGAGGGAAAGCCUAAUGACACAGAAAUAAAAGAGCGUGUUGAUGCCAUGUGGGAGCAAAUGAAUAAAGGGGUGUCUUCUAAAACCUUAAAAGCUUUGUCAACCAAACCAUCUCCACCAGUGAAUAAAAACUCAAACAAGCCAUCCAAUAAUUGGAUUUCAUAUCUUGGUAUGGCGUCAAACAAGAUUGUUGAACCUCAAGAAAAAGAUGUGUCAUCGGAAGGAUCCAAGGUUCUGCAGAACAGUUCUGAUGAUGCUAAGGUGCUUGCUGCUACUGCUCUCUCAGCUGUUAGGGACUCUACAUCUAUUUCUGGCAGAGGGAAAGUUGAGAUCAGGGAGAUAAGGGACUUCGCAGGCCAAAAUGUUGAAAUUAAAAAGUUUGUAGAUGCUGAUUCAAAGGAAGCACACGAGAAGAUGAAGGCACCUGCUGCUACUUCAGCGGUUGAUGCAGUCCUGGAACAAAUUAAGAAGAAACAAAAACUUAGUGUUCUUGACAAGACAAAAAAGGACUGGGGAGAGUUCAAGGAAGAAACUAAGGGUCUGGAAGAGGACUUGGAUGCUUACAAGAAGAGCUCAAAUCAGUAUCUUGAGAAAGUUUCGUUUUUGCAGCGAGCUGACUACAGGGAGUUCGAACGAGAGAGGGAUGCACGGUUGUCUUUGCAGGCCAGGAGGAGGCCCGACAUGCAAGAGGAGCCAUGAUUAAGCCAUCAUCCGAAGCUCUGUGAAGAUGUGCCCUUAACUGUUGAGGUUCCAGAAUUUCUUGUGCGGAUCAUUUUUCAAUAGGAGAGGCAGGGCCAUCGGCUUAGCUGAUGCAGAUGUGAUGAUUUAGAGUGAUACUGGUUUAACAAAUACGCUUGACACCUACUUCUAUUACUCCAAAGUGUAUGUAUAGAUGAAUUAUUAUACAUAACCAACUUGACACCGGUUUAGCUGAAUAUUUUUAUAACCAA